CUGGGCCUGGUCUCGGACUUAAGGAUGUACCACAACAGUAGCCAGAAGCGGCACUGGACUUUCGCCAGUGAGGAGCAGCUGGCACGAUUGCGGGCUGACGCCAACCGCAAAUUCAAAUGCAAAGCGGUGGCGAACGGGAAGGUUCUUCCAAAUGAUCCAGUCUUUCUUGAGCCUCAUGAAGAAAUGACACUCUGCAAAUACUAUGAGAAAAGAUUGUUGGAAUUUUGUUCAGUGUUUAAACCAGCAAUGCCAAGGUCUGUUGUGGGUACAGCUUGUAUGUAUUUCAAGCGUUUUUAUCUUAACAACUCAGUAAUGGAAUAUCACCCCCGGAUAAUAAUGCUCACUUGUGCAUUUUUGGCCUGCAAAGUAGAUGAAUUCAAUGUAUCUAGUCCACAAUUUGUUGGAAAUCUACGGGAGAGUCCUCUUGGACAGGAGAAGGCACUUGAACAGAUUUUGGAAUAUGAACUGCUGCUUAUACAGCAACUUAAUUUUCACCUUAUUGUCCACAAUCCUUAUCGACCGUUUGAGGGCUUUCUUAUUGAUAUAAAGGUAACCUUGUUGAUAUGCAUGAGGAACUUAGUAAAAAAAUACGAACCACCCAGAUCUGAAGAAGUUGCUGUUCUGAAACAGAAGUUGGAGAGAUGUCACUCUGCUGAGCUUGCACUUAACGUAAUUACGAAGAAGAGGAAAGGCUAUGAAGAUGAUGAUUAUGUCUCAAAGAAAUCCAAACAUGAGGAGGAAGAAUGGACGGAUGAUGACCUUGUAGAUUCUGUGUAACCAUUUGAAAGAGACUUGUCAAUGCUAACAAAUCAACAGAAGGAUGAAGCAUAUCUGGCAUUUCAAUUUAUUUAAAAGUGAAAUAAUGUGAAAGCAUCAAAAUACAGUAAACUUUUAUAUUUAAUUUUUUUCUUUCAGGGUGGCUUUAUGUGAAAUAAAACAGCUUCAGAGGACCCAGAAUAACACCUAGUUUGGAUAAUCUUGCCACACCAUGACUAAUAUCAAAUUAGACUUUCUGUAGUAGCCAAACUAAAGCUAUAAUUUAUUUGCCUAUAUUGUUUUAAAAUGCAAUAAGCAAACACCCUUUUGAAAAAAGGCACCAUGAAAAACACUUGGAAUGUGUUUUAAGGAAUGCUUCUUGCCCUCUAGAAACCUUUAUAAAUGGCUUCUCAAAUGCCAUCCUGAUACACUUAGCUAUUUGUAUAUUAGUAGUGAACUACAGAAUGUACUUCAGCUGUUACCUGGUUCUGAAAACUAGUCAUCCAGGGUAACGAGUAUUUGUUUUCUUCAAUUAGUUAACUGAAAAACUUUCAAAUGGGUGUUUUAAAAAAAUAAGAAAUCAAGUAGGCAGUCUUUAGUUGUCUAGAUAAAAACCUUAAGGUAGGUAGUAGCAAGUUGUAUGUUCAGUUAUAUAAUUAACCUAUUAGAUUAAUACCUAAGUGAAUCCAUAUAAAUGUGUUACUAUACUCAAGAAAUUUAAUUCAAGUUAAAAGGAGUUGAUAUAAAAAUAUAAAAGCACUAUGGCACCAAAUUACUUGGGUAUGAAUCAUGGCUACCUCUACCUUAUGACUUGGGCAAGUUACUGACGCUCUCUGUGCCCGUUUCCCAGGGUGAACCUGGGGAAAAUAAUAAUGCCUACUUCUCAAAGGACUAAUCAGAAUAGUGCCUCUAUAUACUAAGUGUUCAAUAAAUGUUGGCUAUUAUGGCA